AACUGUCAUGUUCCUACGCGCCCUCUGACAUCAGCCACCUUCUCUGUCACUAGUUUCUCUGCACUCAAAUUAAUCCUGGGCGAUGAAAAAUGAACCUCUCCCCCACCCUUGCUGCCGCCUUUUGCCUCACGCCCCAGAGAGAAGUUUCUCCGCCAGGCAGUGGGUGAAGGUUUUUUUCCAAGUCACAUGAUCCAGGAUGCAGGGGGAAAAUCCUUCUUGGAACAGAGAUGGGCCCAGAACCGGAUCAGAUGAGGCGAGAUAAGGUGUGAUGCUGGACAGCCUAUAUAAAGCAUGGAGCCAGGGCUGCAGCCAGCACGCAGCCGCGGGGCCCUUUCCCCUGAGCCAGCCAUGCAGGUGCCUCCGGGCCCCAUGGCCAGCCACUGGGGAGCCACCAACCGCAGCUACUUCUACCUCACCACCGCCGCGCUGGCUCUAUGUCUCGUCGUCACGGUGGCAACCAUUAUGGUCCUGGCGGUGCAGAGGACGGACUCCAUUCUCAGCCCACCUGAUAACAUCCCCCUUAAAGGAGGAAAUUGCUCAGAGGACCUCUUAUGCAUCUUGAAAAGGGCGCCAUUCAAGAAGUCAUGGGCCUACCUCCAAGUGUCAAAAUAUCUGAACAGUACCAUGCUGUCUUGGAAUGAAGAUGGCAUCAUCCACGGAGUCAGAUACAAGAAUGGGAAUCUGGUCAUCCAGUUCCCAGGUUGGUACUUCAUCAUUUGCCAACUGCAGUUUGUUGUGCAAUGCUCAAAUCAUUCUGUAGACCUGAAGUUGGUGCUUCUUGUCAACACAGAGGUCAAAAAACAGGCACUGGUAACAGUAUGCAAGUCUGGAGUACAAACCAAAACCAUAUACCAGAAUCUCUCUCAAUUCUUUCUGGACUACUUGCCGGUCAACACCACUAUAUCAGUCAUGGUGGAUAAAUUCCAGUACGUGGAUACAGACACCUUUCCCCUUGAUAAUGUGCUGGCCAUCUUUUUAUACAGUAGUUCACACUGAACAGUUUCUCUUGGCCU